GGGCGAGGCUGCGGACUUACCGUAUGAGCCGCGUGUGAGGGGAGGGCUCCCAGCCCCUUCCCCCGCCCAGGACACCCGGCGGGCAUGGUGGGCUACGACCCCGAGGCCAAGUGCGUGUCCACGGUGGAAGCGGCCGCAGCAGGGUCGGCGUCCGGCUUGGUCACUCGGGUCCUGAUCAGCCCCCUGGAUGUCGUCAAGAUCCGCUUUCAGCUCCAGAUCGAGCAGCUCUCCUCCAGAAACCCCACGGCCAAGUACCACGGCAUCCUGCAAGCCGUGCAGCGCAUCUUCCGGGAGGAGGGCCUGGGAGCCUUCUGGAAGGGCCAUGUUCCUGCUCAGUUCCUGUCAGUUGGCUACGGAGCUGUUCAGUUCAUGGCGUUUGAGGGCCUGACAGAGCUGGUGCACAACGUCACCUCGUACAGCGCCCGCGGCUCCUUCGUGCACCUGGUCUGCGGGGGCCUGGCUGCCUGCACAGCCACCGUGGCAGUGCAGCCUGUGGACACCCUGCGCACCCGCUUCGCUGCUCAGGGCGAGCCCAAGAUCUACCCCAACCUUCGCCACGCAGUGGUGACCAUGUACCAGACGGAAGGGCCUCGGACUUUCUACAGAGGUUUGACCCCCACACUCGUUGCUAUCUUCCCAUAUGCUGGUCUCCAGUUCUUCUUCUACAACAUCCUGCAGCAGUUCUCGGAAUGGGUGAUUCCAGCUGAAGGAAAGAAAGGAGGCAACAUUAAAAACCUUGUCUGUGGCAGCUGUGCUGGGAUCAUCAGCAAAACCCUCACAUACCCCUUGGACGUGGUCAAAAAGCGACUGCAAGUGGGUGGCUUUGAGCACGCUAGGGCAGCCUUUGGGCAGGUACGGACGUACGGGGGUUUCCUGGACUGCAUGAGGCAGAUCACGCGGGAGGAGGGCUCAGGUGGAUUCUUUAAGGGCCUCUCCCCCAGUUUGCUGAAGGCUGCCUUGUCCACCGGCCUCGUCUUCUUCUGGUAUGAGCUGUUCUGCAGCCUCCUGUGCGCCCUGAAGAGCCCCGACAGCACUGGGAGGAAGGAAGGCUGACAGGGAUGUGUGUGGCUGCCUCUUCUCCUCAGGAGGGGAGACUGAUGGCUUUGCUCUGUCACGAGCGUGUUGGAAAGGCCAGAGCUCCUCCAGCCUGUGGGGAAUCACCUCCUGGGACCAAGCAGAAGGAGAAGGCAACUGCAGUUCUGCUGGAGACACUGAGCUGCUUUGCUGGAAGCUGUUCAACUGAGCACUUUUUUUUCCUCUGUCUCCUCUCAUAAGCACUCAUUUAACAGAGAGAAGGGAACCAACAGACCACUCCCUAGCAGCAACUGUGCUCUGGAAAGGCACCCAAUAAAGUGGGUGAAUUUCUGAGCUUGCCCUGGAUCCCAGAGAGGGAUCCUGACCCAGCCUAGUACAGCUUAACCAACCCAACACCCCUUCCUAGCGCUGCAUCCGCACAGCUUUGCUCCCUUGCUCUAGGCCUGCUGUUUGCACCAAAUCCUUGUCUGGGUGUUGCACAGGUCACUCUGUCCUGCUGGAGUGAAGUCAGGUAAAACCACUUGAGUGCACAAACCCUCAGUUUUCCUUUACUUUUCUACCAGCUGAUUCUGCUUGGUCAGCACUUGCUGGCUGUGCAUUCUCAGCCACCUUAAACACAGAGUCUUCUCUGAUCACACUGACCCAGACUUGCUUUUCCUUUAACUCCAGUGAGCUUGAUUGUAUCCUGAGUUCCCAUUUCUCUUCCUGGGUCUGUUUGGCCAUGCAUCUCUUAGGGGUUUGCAUUGCCUCACUCACACUUCUCACAAGCAAACCUGCAGAUUAAGAGCCCUGCUCUGAAGGGAUUCAACGCACAAGCCCAGUUCUUACUUCAGGGUUCUUUGCUUCAGUGCAGUGAGUAAACAAAUGCUGUAUGGAGUUAAGAAAUAUUUAGUAUAAGCUGGAAUAAUGAAGGGACAGUCCUGUGGAAACUAGUAAAUUUUUAUUAUUAGUAGUAUUAUUAUUUAUUUAAUAAUAAUUCAAAUAAGUUUGAAUGUUUCUAGCAAGUAUUUCUGUAGUGGCCUCAAAACAUUUCUGAACCUCAAUCCUACACUGGUGCUAACUGAUGAAAAUGUUUUGACAAGAUUAGCUGAAGUGAAAGGAAUGAACAUCAAAUGGGAAUUGUUUGGCUGGGCCUGGUGGUGUUUCACAAGAGAAGGAUGAUUGAAUUAGAGCCGGAAAAGUGUUUUUCUGGAGUUUCAAAGGUUUUAGGAGUGGUUAAAAAAGCCAACAAAACAACGAACCAACAACUCUGAUUUAUGUAACAGUGGAAAAGAGGAAAAUUACUUUCUUCCUCCUCUUUUAUUCUGUGUGUUUUCAAGCUGGGCAGGGCGUGGUUGGGCUGUGUGGAAGAGUUCCGAGGAAGAGCCCUGCCAUACAAACUUUAGUCAUCUGGGAAGGGUGGGUAGGGCAGAGUGCUGGGUUAUUUGGAGGAUGGUUUCAUGGUUCUUCUCUUAACACAGAGCUUUUCCCAGCUCUUUUGCAGUAUUCAGGGUGUUAAUCCCAAAUGGUCUGGCCAAAUUCCAGCGUGACCAAUUCCAUUCCGUUGACGCAACUUCUCCUGCCGAUUUUGAGCAUAUCAGCAUUGCUCACUUAUCCUGAGCUAUUGUGAGAGGCUGUUUUUAAAAGCAGCUGUUUCACUGGGGGCUGAGGUAUCUGGAGAGAUUCCUUGCAAGCCCAGGCCAAAUAACUUUGUGUCUGCUGUGGUUUGAGAUCUUGGAGUGCAAAGUCGCUGUCUCACUGCAGGUGACUGAGAGCUGCAUAAAAUAAAAUCCCCUGAGCAGUGUCAGUGUCAGGCAGGAGGCCGAUAUGUGACCCUCAAAGAGGGGCUGUGAGCUGCAUGUACUCUAAAAAUGGCAGUUUUGUUCAGAGGAGAAAAUGCAAAGAAUGUGGAAUGAAAUUUCUCAAAGUGCCUCAAUCCCAUUGGCAUCUUCCUGUGUUAUUUAGGCUCUUCUGAGAUUGCUCAAAAUCUUAACAAUGUCUUGGCUUUGUUUAUUGUUCACCUGUUUUUCUUGGAAAGACAUCAUAAGCAGUAAUGAACUCAGCCUCCUGACAUCCUUCUGAGAGAGAGAAAUGUCCCAUUUCAAAGCAGACACAAACAGGUUGGGUUUGUUAUUGUCUUUUGGCUGCUGGUGAGAGCAAUGCUCUCAUGGUUAGCAGGGACAGGCUCAGUGCUGACCUAGGCUUCCUUAGGAAAUGGGACUCAUCCGUCCUGUCUGAACGUUGCAAGACUUGUUUUCCAUUUUAUGUCAAAGAGCUGCUGUUAAACUGCACAAAAUGUGGAAACUGGUUGGGAACUCAGCAGUGGGAAAGAACAGGAAAGUCGGUGCUCUGCUUGGAUGAUGUUCCUCUGAGGUGCUGUGGAUGUGGCAGGCAUGUGCAGCUUGGCUGUCCCACAGAGAGGGCAGCUCUGGGGAGUAUGGAGCAGCUUUUCCUCUUGGGAUAGUUUUUUCCUCCACUGUGCAUUAACUGAGCUUGCCUCCACCCAACAGAUGGCAAAGUCAGAGUUUAAGUUGUGCCAGUCUGGCCCAGGCUGUGGAAGAGACACUCCCUGGUCGGAAGGCUUUGGCAUAGGGCCAUUUGGACUGCGAGUCACAAAUGUUAUAGGCCCAUAAAGGCACCUGGGCUUCCAGUGAGAGGGAGAAAGACAUGACCUCAACUAGACAAUAUUGGGAGUUGCAUCCAACAGUCACUUGUCUCUGGUCAGCAGCAUCUGUCCCUCAUAGAUUUCUCAUCUGCACUUUGCUGGAGGAAACAACUGUGACAGGAGUGUUGUUUUCUCUUUGGAGAUGAGGCUGAAUGAACCACUAGGAGGACAAGGUCUUAUUUCUGCUGCUGCUCUGGCAAAAAAACCACACCCUGUUAGCAGCUAAAUUCCUAGAAUUAGAGGACCAGAGACCUGUAGUCACCUUGUUCUUCCAUAUGCUGGGACAGAUUUGCUUUUGGAAGCUGCUGCUCCCGUUCAGUGGGAAGUGACUCAAUGAGGCUCAGUGGGAAGUGACUCAAUGCAGACACUGUGCCUGAUAUUGGCCAUUGGGAUUUCUCUCCAAGGUAAUCCUAUCACCAGGGAUUUGCCUGCAGUUCACCUCACAAGCUGCUCAGCAGUUGCAUUUGUUUUCUUCUAGUGCCUUUUACCAUCAGAACAGUCCAAAAGCUCCUCAGCAGGCAGAGCAUUGGAGAGGAGUCGUGCUGUGGUUGUUCCCGGCUCCACCACGACGCCGAGCCGGCCUCGGACGGGUGAACACACAAGGUCUGUGAU